AUGGGAGCCGACAACUCACGUGCUCGUCCAAUCGUUCAUUGCGUUGAGAGUACGGACUUCCAACCUCCGGCAGAUUUUGACUACCUCGACUUUGAGGUAACUCCUUUCGCGCACGGCAGUUGCCGCGAGACAUAUCGGGGGAAGAUCUCCUCGAAAGAAACUGUGCAGGCCAACAGGAAUAUUCCUCUCGGCGGGGGAGAGUGGAUAUCUAUAAAUGUAGAUGAAAAGCUAGUAUAUCCUUGUGUGGUGAAGAUGUUCAAAAAGCAGCACGUGACCCAGGCUCAAACGUGGAAUCAGGACUUGUCAGCUUUGAUGCUCAGCCGCGAGUUGAGUGACAAGUUCAACAAGGUCUUCGUGUCUCAGAUAGACAGAGCACACGAGAUCAGUUUUGCAAGGGCCGUGCUGUUCCAGGUAAGCGAUCGUGGCUCAACCCACCAUUUCGGCAGACGAAGCGUGGGUCAAGGCUUCUUGGCCGGUCUGUCCACCCGUGCCAUAUUAGCUGUAGCUUUCCCACAGGCAGUGGUGCCAUGUACCCUGCUCUCGGCAUACGCAUCUCUGGUGGGAAGUGCUGUCAGCAUGGAUGAGACACCAGCACGAGUGCAGCAGAAAGAAAUCGUUUGUGUUGAACCCUAUCUCGAUGGCAGUUUUGUCAAAGUGAACAGCAACUCUGGACACUGGAAAGAAAGCAAGCAUGCAGAAGUAGCCCAAGCUUUUUCUCAUUGGACUUGGGCCGAGACUAAGGGUAAGAAGCUGGUCUGUGAUCUGCAAGGUGUACAGCAGAAAGAUGGCACUUGGCUCUUCACGGACCACACGAUUCAAGGAGGCUCGGGCCCCACCGAUCUGGGCUUUGCUGGAAUGCAUGCAUUCUUCUACUUCCACAAGUGCAACGAGAUGUGCAAAGGCCUGCCCAGGCCGGACAUACCAUCUUCUCCUCCUCCAUUUAUACCGUACCGGUCAGAGACCACAUUCUCCUGGGAAGUUGUCGAUGCGUCAAUUUGUGCUCGUCAGCAAACCGGAGGUACCUGCUAUGCCCAUGCUUCCGCGACAGUCAUUCGAGCGGCAGAGAGUCGCAUUAUUGGACGCUGCCCUGAAGAUCACGACAGCAUGGUUGAGCGUAUCGUCGCCAAGUAUGGCACGAACGGUGCAUGGCCACAGGCUGUGUUGAAUGAUGAAUGUCCGAAGCUGCGUCUUUCCCACAAGAUCGUUGAACGGCCAGAGGCCGAAGCAGCGGUACAGCGAGGACACGCAAUUCUGGCCGCCUUCUGGCUCACAGAGACGGGAUGGAAGGCGUUCUCCAAUUUUUUCAAGCAGAACCCAGGGAAGGUUCUGGAGCAAUUGCCUUCGGAGGGAAAGCAUGUUACCAGAGGCCAUGCCGUGGUUAUCGUCGGGCAGAAGCCGAACGUUUGGUUCCUGAAAAACUCAUGGGGCCCCGAGUGGGCUGACAGCGGCUACUUCCGCAUCCACAAGGACGUCUUCAAAGAUAUCCGGUAUCACCACGUGUAUUUCCUGGAGACAAAUCUGACUGAAAAUGACCGGCAGGCAUACGAACAGGCACAGGCCGCCCAGAAGCAGCGGCAGCCGACUCUGCCGCCGGCGCCGCCCCCUUCGGCGCCUCCGCCCCCGCCGCCAAAGCCGCGGCUGGAGAGCGAGGUGGAAGUGAUCCUCAGUGAUGAAGACAGGGCCCAGCUCGAAAAGCGGGCUGAGGAGAUGGCCUUGAAAUCACUGGCGGCACUUCCCGAGGCGACCAGGGGCAUGAAGCUGCCGGCCGUCAAAGCUGGCAUUCUGAAAAGGCUGUUGAGCCAAGCGCAGAAGGACCUGCCGAAGCCCGUGGAGGUUCAACAGGUCCAGACUGCGCCACCCAUGCCUCCGACGCAGAUGCCUCCCGACCUCGAUGCCUUCGGAGACGAAGAGCUGCAGAAGCUCCGCUGCAGCCUGCGCCGCCCGCCAACAGAGCUGCCUCCGCCCCAAGACGGCGUAGAGACUCUAGGGGAUGAGCCCUGGUUCGCAGACCCCACCGUGCGCUUAGCCCUCCGCGAUGCCGUGGACGUGGCACACGCAGACUUCAAGAUCCUCGUUGGCAACCCCGCGGAAGAGAUCGCCAGGAUCUGCCCCCGUGACGGCCGAAGCCUCCGCGCCGGGGCGGUGCUACGGCUGGGUGGUAGCCAUCUCGGUGGCUACGGCGAUGCUGACGUGGCCUAUGCCUUUCGUCAGCUGUCGCGCGCACUUCACCCAGACAAGAAUCCAGACAACGCCGAUGCAGGUGAUGCCUUCAAGCGGCUGAAAGAGGCUCAGGAGGAGCUCAAAAUCAGCCUGGAGGACGCCCGCGCCCUCAUCCGGCGCCUGGCAGCGCCCUUCCGCUUUGCCUCCGUGGGUGAGGAGGAAAUGCGCCGCCCUCAGGCGGCGCUCUUCGCAGAGGCCACUCGCUUAGUGGCAUCCGUGCUGGCGCUCAGCACGGAAGGUGUCGUACCUGCAGCAGCGCGACAACGAGCGCAGGCGUCCCUUAGGCUACUGCCCGGCGAGGGCGGCGGAUGGGCGCUGCCAUCCGCAGGGGCCGAGCCCUUCGUCGAGGCCUGGCUCAGCAGCAGCGCCGACCUUCUUCAGAUCUUGGCCGAGCCGUCCAUACGUAGCGCCUACGACUGCGCUCCCAAGCGGUACCGGGCCCAGUUCCUGGUGCUCCUCGCCCGGUGCGCGCUCUUUGAGGCCGAGAAGACGGGUGGUUGCGUGCGCCAAGCCUGGGGGAAGAUCUGGGAGUCCUUCCCGGAGAUCCAGCUGUGGCAGCAGUUGAGGCAAAUGCUCGUGAAGAAGUGCCAAGUACAUGGGCGCCAGCCAAAGCGCGAUGCCUCUGGCGCCAUCAAGGAGAAGGAUUGGUCGACUUGGGCCAAGCGCUGGCGCAAGAUCAUCCGCGCGGUCCUGCCCAACAGUGAUGCAGAGGCAGCUCCCUGGUCCGACGCCGAGCUGAGGAAGUUGUGCGCUGCUUUGUGGCGCGAUUUUGCCGAUCCCCUCGAGAAGGGAGACGGGGAAGAGGCAGAAACUGCCAGGCGUUGCCUCGGCCUCUUCCGAACGGAGAGUCGCGGCGCAGCGGACGUCGAGGCUCAGCGCGGGGCCGCCCCGGCAGAGUGGGCGUUCGUGCCUGCAGCAGACUUGCUGCUGGUCGUAGGCGAAGGAGCCGUUGGUGUCACGGUGGCGGGCGUUUCUGCAGAUGGGGACGGUAAACGGUUGCCGUUCGCCACAGCGAUCUUUCAGACAAUGAUGUGA